AUGCCCUUCGGAAUCCACAAGCACAAUAAUCGUUCAAAGCAGGCGUUGGGCGAUCCGACCGCCCAGGUCCAGGGACCAGCUCCUUCGAGCAGUGACAGUUCAGCCUCCCCAAGCUUCGCGUCCGCAGACGAGAAACCUCAAACAUCCGUACUGCAACAACCACACGCCGAGAGCCACCAGCAGCCCUACGCUCCGCCGAAUCCUGAUCCUGCGCACGCUGUCCCUACGGACCCGAGAGCUUUCCAGUAUCCCACAGAGACCGUGGGGCCUACUCGGUCGCAGUCGAUACGGUAUUCGGGUGCCUAUCAUCAACAACAACCACCCGUUCUGCAACACCAAUACAGCGGUUCUGCAGACGAUUUGGUCCUGGCAUCUCGAAAUAUCCAGCAGCAGCAGCAACAGCACCACCAGCAGCCUCAGCACCACCAGCAGCAACUCCAGUACCAGCAGCAGCAGCCUCAACAACAGCAGCAGUUCCACCCCCACCACGAACAAGUACUCCAACCCCAACAGCAGCAGCUCCAGUACCAGCCGCCGCCGCAGCCGCAGCAGAGUCCAGUAAUCCCGGCCCCUGCGCCUAUUGCAGAACAAAAGAAGAGUAGGAACAUAUUCGAUCGUAUGCGCGCAGGUCGAGAAAACCGUCUAUCAGCCGAAUACAAACAAGCCCCCGCACCUGGGCCGUACAGCAACGCAACCGGACUUGCUCGUAGACUUUCGAAACGUCACGAUAACCCUCCAGUAAUACGGACAGUGCAGCCUCAGAGUAGUCCUUUAGAUCAGCAGAGGGUUGAUUGGCAAGCGGCACAGGGCUCGAGAUCAAACCUGCCCUCACCGCAAGAGACCAACAAAGAAGAUAGCGACCUAGACCCGUACCUCAUUCAAGAGGCUAUUCAGGAAGACCCCCAUAGCGCCGCUCAAGGCCAAAGUCAACAGCAAACCAUUCGUGCUGUGCCAAACGAUCCUGAAUCGGUCGCUUUCCCCUCAUACGACGACGGCCGUCAGCAUCAGCAAUUCUAUGCUCAUCAACCACAACAUUCACCCAAUAUAGGUUAUCAUCAGCAAGCUGACUCCGGUGCCCCAGUCCACUACGAGAUACAAAACCAAGACCAUCUCCCUCAGCAGGUAAAUAUUCAGUCUGGCUCUAGCUUAGCUAUACAUGACCCAUAUAACCUGCCAAACCCCGAGACAGUUUCGCAGCUUUCGUACGAUUCCCCAAUUGACCCGAGAGAAGAUCAACGUCCAGUGUCCGGACACUCAAACGGCCCAUCUCCUACCGGUUUUGUACCAAGAGUACAGUAUCCCGAUCGCACAACAUCGAUUCAGGGCCCCCGCCCCCUCUCUCAAGCUGUGACUGCGAUGGCUCCACCACCCGGGGCAUCGCAGCAGAAUCGGAGAUCUGCAGACCCAAAGCAGAUGCAAGGUCCACUGCAGCCCGAGUCACGAGACGCACCGCCAAGCUACACCAGAGGACAAACGUUCCCUGGCCCUCAGCCCCCAACCCCAGGACUAAGCCCGCUGCCGCCGUCAGGCAAUGCUCAAGGCCCAAACUAUAGGGGAGGCCCUCCACAAAGAGAGCAGUAUGGAAAUUCGGGCGGUGGAGAGCAGGGCCGGAGUACACCUCCUCCACAACCUCCUGGCUCAGAAGUGGCCGAAGCGUAUAAGGAACUGCAAAUUAAAUACAAGAAAGUUAAAGGGCUUUAUUUCGAUAAGACAGCGCAGGUGGAACAAUUACAAAACACCUUGGCGAACCAACGGCUCUCACAAUCUCGUACCUCUCUCGAUGAUAGCGAGUACAUGACAAGGUUCCAACGGUUAGACGGGGCCACGACCAAUCUAGCAUUCAACAUCCGUAAGGAUUGGAGAAUGAUUCCUGCUUGGCUGGGACCAUAUGUCAACCAAGACGCGAUGAAAAUAGGGAAGCAAGAGAUGACCGCCGUAGGCAGGGCCUGCAUAACAAAAUUUCUCGUGGACGAAAUCUUCAACCGAAGUUUUCAUCCUGGGCUUGAGGUCGGGCUGAGUAAUAGCUUGAAAUUUAUCGAGCAAAACAUUCGCCGUUUCUCACCAGCGCUCAAUAACCAAGAAGAGUCAGAUGCUCUAACGGCAAAGGUUGUGCAAUGGAGGCUGGCAACUCUUGGCGGUCUGAAGGAUGUUUUGAAUUCGCCCGAGAGUGAAGAACACAAGCAGCAAUUUGCGCAAGUUGCUACGACGAACUUGACUGGAUGGUUGAUUAAUUUCUUGCAGGAGCCAGUCCCAGCUGGCAUUGAAGACAGUGCGCAUAUGAUAGUCGAACUGGCAGUGAGUAUCGCAUGUAAUCUGCCUUUAGAAAGUAGAGACAUCGCUCUUUCGUAUCCUAUGCCAGGAGAUAUGCUUCAGCCGUUCCUCAUGAAGGUUGAAGCCGGCAUACCACCAUUGGAUAAUCCCGGUGCGGAAUCUCCGAGCGAGGCGGAUGCUUCUAACGCCGGUAGUGGGGACAAAGAAGAUGCAGCUAAGGAUGGUGACAAGCUAGAAGGGAAGCUUCGGAAGGACAAGCCUAAGGCUGGCGGGUCGUCGAUGCUCCAAACCAUGAUGGGCGGAGGCUCGAGUGGCGCUGGAAGCAAGAAACCCAGCGGAAGCUCGAGCGAUGCCAAUAAUGAAGGCAAGAGUAAGGUGGCAAGCGAAGACGGGCCCCAAAAAGUCCGAUUCUCUGGGUUUGUCAGUGUUGAGGUUAGAGGGAGACAGGUACUAGUUAAAGCACCUGUUUGGACGGUUAGUUAA